AGGAAUCAGUCCUCUCUGGCAGACUUCGUCCUGGAAGGGCUCUUUGCUGACUCUCUCGCCCACCUUUUCCUUUUCUGCUUGACCAUGGUGGUCUUCCUCGUUGCUGUGAGCGGCAACACCCUCACCCUGCUCCUCAUCUGCGCGGACCCCCGGCUUCACACCCCCAUGUACCUCCUCCUCAGCCAGCUCUCCCUCGUGGAUCUGAUGCACGUCUCUACCACCAUCCCCAAGAUGGCGACCAACUACCUAUCUGGCCAGAAGUCCAUCUCCUUUGUGGGCUGUGCGACCCAGCACUUCCUCUAUCUGACUCUGGGAGGUGCGGAGUGUCUUCUCCUAGCUUUCAUGUCCUAUGACCGCUAUGUUGCCAUCUGUCAUCCACUGCGCUACACUGUUCUCAUGAACGGAAAGGUGACGCUAAUGAUGGCCGCCAUGUCUUGGCUGGGAGCAUCCCUGAACUCCCUAAUUUACACGGCAAGCUUGAUGCGCUUCCCUUUCUGUGGGCCUCGACAAAUCCACCACUUCUACUGUGAGUUUCCAGCUGUUGUCAAGUUGGUAUGUGGAGACAUCGCUGUGUAUGAGGCCACAGUGUACAUCAGCACCCUCCUCCUCCUGGUUCUCCCCAUCCUCUUGAUUUCUGCGUCCUCUGUCUUCAUCCUCCACAGUGUCAUUCGGAUGCGUGCAGCUGGGAGUAAGAGAAAUGCCUUUGCCACUUGCAGCUCUCACCUCACUGUGGUUUCCCUCUGGUUUGGCGCUUGCAUCUUCUCAUAUAUGAGGCCCAGGUCCCAGCGCACUCCACUGCAAGACAAAGUGGGUUCUGUGUUCUACAGCAUCAUCACUCCCACAUUGAAUCCAUUGAUUUAUACUCUCCGGAAUAAAGAUGUAGCUAAGGCUCUGCGGAGGGUGCUGGGGAGAGACCGUAUCACUAAAAGAUCGCGAGUGCAGUUGUCCUGA